AUGCCUCCUCCGGCAAUGAUUGCGUUUGAUGAUUGUUUCGCCGAGAAAUCUAGCGAUAACGAGUGGAAGGGCUUCACGGUUUUCUCCGGAGAAAGCCCUAGCCCUAACCCUAAUUUAAGUUCCUUGGUGAAGAAGGCAGUUGUACAGAGCGAGAAGUCAACCAGUCCUAUUCUCCCCCGUUCUUCGGUAAAAGACGACAGUUUCAGAAUGGUAUUGCCUCCGGCUAUGCCUCCGCCUAGAGACUCUGCCGUUCCGCUUCCUAUGCUCCCGGAGCCGAUGAGAAUCCGGAAGAAACUUAGCCACCAAGAAUCAAUUAUUUUUAUGAGGAAGUCUCGUUACUCUGAGAAAAUCCUCUACAAGGAAGAAGAUUUCAAAUGUAACGCCUUCUGCUUGUCUCUACCUGGAUUCGGGAAACAAAAGCCGGUUACAUCUUCUUCGAAACGCCAAGAUUCGAUGGAGAAGAAGAUGAUCAGAACGUCUUCCUUCACGAACUCGACUGUUUCGAUACGCGCCUCGCUCGAGAAGUUCGAAUGCGGUUCUUGGGCAUCGACGACGGCUCUGACGCAAGAUAACAGUCGUUUGUUUUUCGACUUCCCGGUGGAGAUGAUGAAGUGCAGCAGCCGCGGAGGCGGAAACGGAGGAAGAGAUGUUCAAGAACCGGUGACUUCUGGUUUCCUGUUCGAUAGAGAAACAGAGACUUUGGCUCUGAGAAGCGUUUUAAAGACGAGGAGUUCAAGGUCGUCGGGAAGAGAUCACCAAAGAUCAGCUGAGACUUCACCGCAACGCCGUGUGAGAUUUUCGACUUCUUCUUCGUCGGCUUCGGUUUCUUGCCCUACUUCGCCGCGAUCUUGUAUCACUCCACGAUUACGUAAGGCUAGGGAAGAUUUUAACACCUUCUUAUCCGCUCAAAACGUGCGUGUGAGGCAUUUGAUUGUAAAGCGAGAAGAAGAGAUAUAUCCUAACGAAAUAUCGAAAUACAAUUUUGAGAAAAAGGAAGUAGAUGUCAUGAAGAAUGAUGAUGAUAAUGGAGCUGAGACGUAUACACAUCAAAAGAAGAAACCAUCAUUUAAAGCUGAAAAAACUUCAAAGGCUACUGAGAAGGACAGUGGCAACAAGGAGAGUCCGACGCCAAAUGAUGAUCAAAAUUCAGUCUCCGGACUUGGUGUUAGACAACUACAAAAACAUCUCGAACGUGGUGCCACUAAGGAAGAUGCAACAUCUAAUGAUCAUGUAGAUGAGGAUGUGACAAGUAAAUCUCUGAGUGGUGAUAAGAAACAAGAUGCGAAGAUUGCUGUUAAGAAGAAGAAUGGUGUUGAACAACCACAUAAGAAGAUUGGAGAUAAGGGUGUGAUGGCUCAAUCAAUUUCAACAGAAUCAGACACUGAGAUCCAGGAGAAAAAACAGAAACUUGAUAAUCUGUUUGGAGCACUAGGACACGGCCUCAGACGUUUGAAUGCUACAAGCUACGAUUCGUUUGCCAAAGUGGAAGAGAGUAAAGUGCGUAAAUUGAUGAAUUUUAUUGACCUUAAAGAGAAAGAUUGGCCUGAACUAACCUACGGCUAG